AUGGGCCGCUUAAUCGAUCGGGAGCCACCAUAUGAGCCCGAGACCCCUUUACGGCUGGUGGUCGCAGGACUCUCCCGCACUGGCACAGCAUCUUUGUAUCUCGCAUUACAGGAACUCGGAUAUACACCAUGGCACAUGUGCGAGCCCAUCGAUGAUCCCAGCCGCAUGUACAACCAAUGGACGGAAGCGAUGAAAUGCCGCUUCUUCGGAGAGGGUCUUCCAUAUGACCGGAAGGAUUUCGACAAGCUGCGAGGCCCUUACGAUGCCCUGUUGGAUAUUCCAGCUUGUCUGUUCUGGGACGACUUCCACGAGCUGUAUCCGGAGGCGAAAAUCAUCCUCACUACUCGAUCCGCCGACUCGUGGUUCAAGUCGAUUCACAGCACCAUCAUUCCCUGGCUGGAGAAGCCCCUGCUGAAAGUUCUUCAACAUUUCGAUCGCAAGCAACUGGGACCCGAAAUGCGCAUGGUCAAAACGGCAUACAAGGUCAUUUGCAACAACAAUUACCACAGCCCCAAAACUAAGGAGCGCUAUCUCCAGCACAAUGAGCGGGUCCGGAAUGGUGUUAACUCCGGCCGGUUCUUGGAGCUCCGACUCGGGGAUGGGUGGGAGCCCCUCUGCGAGUUCCUUGGUGUGCCUGUGCCCGAUAAGCCAUACCCCCGGGUCAACAACACGAACGAGUUCAACCAGGGAGCGGGAGAGGCCGAUGCGGCAAUGCUAGCCGGUAUCAUUAAGCCGUGGCUGGCUGUGCUCGUUCCGGUGGUUGCCGCUGGCUUGUGGUUCUCUUUCAAAUCUUGA